GUACUUUCCCGUCCCCUUCCCUUUUUCUCUCGCUGUCGCCGUAAGCCUCUCCCCGCAGUGCCAUGUCUUACCGCAGACGCGACGCAAGCCAGGGCUACUCCAGCGCCGACGCCUACCGCGCAGUCCCCGCCACCUCGCCGUCCUUCGUCACCGCCCGUGUCGGCGCCGCCAACAGCAACACCCCCUCGUCCUCCGACGAGGACGCCCACCUCACGUCUCCUGCCGUGUCCCCCCAGCCCGGGCCCAUCGCCCAGUCCUUCGUUCGAGCACGCGCCGGCUCAGCUGCGCGCCAUCGUCGUCGCGACUCAGCCGACGAGCGCGAUAUCGUGGACGGUCCGCCGCUCUCCCCGCCGCGUCCCCAGUUCUUCGCAGUCCCCGACCGCUCCUCGUGGUCCUCCAACGACCAGGAGCCCGCAAGCGACUCUGACGCCUCGUCCGCGGCGAACCUCGCUGGCCGCGGCUCGGGUCGUCGCAUGUCUGUCGAGGGCAACCCCGUGAACCGCGUGCAGAUGCGCUCUGUGACGCAGCCCAUGCUGGCCACUCGCGGCCCCCCUCGCGCAGCCAGCCCCCGCCAGCGCAAUCACCGGCGCAGCAGCAUGGCGACCGAGUAUGCUUAUAGCGCCGGCAUUGCAACCGAGGAGGAACUCGCCUCCCCGACGUCGUCCAUCAAUGAGCACAACCCCUUCGGCACGCCCACGGACA